AUGGAGGUCGCACUCUUCACGCCAGGGACUUCGCAUCUCGGCAGACCGAUGCAGAGGAUACCGCUCGGAACGACAGAGCUUCCAAUGGAUGUGAUAGAAGAGUUCUUGGACUCACUGAGACCCAUUUUUACUCUCGAGGCUUACGAUCUGUGGAAGCACAACUGCAACAACUUUUCGGAUUCAUUCGCCAAGUUCUUGGUUGGCAAAGGAAUCCCAGAUCAUAUCAUCAACAUGCCCCAGGCUGUCAUGGAUUCCCCCAUGGGAAGGAUGCUCCUCCCUCAGCUGAACCAGACAGUCAAUUCCAUGCGUCAGAACGGAGGUAUACUUGGGAUUCAGAACAACGCCGCAGCCCAGCCCCAGUCUACUCCGUCACAACCACCGAAAAGCAAGGUCGUGACGGCUGGCACUAUGCAGGAGCUCAGUGCCGCCUUGGAGACUGCAAAGACGUCCUGUGCAGUCGUCUUCUUCACCAUGAGCACAUGUGGACCCUGCAAGAUGCUCUACCCCGAGUAUGAGCAACUGGCCGUCGACGUGGCCGACAAGGCUGUGCUCAUCAAAAUCGACAUCAACCGGGCAACAGACGUUGCCACCACCUUCAACGUGCGUGCGGCGCCUACAUUUGCGACCUUUGUACACGGUGAGAAACAAUACCAAUGGACUGGAGCGACACCCCACGCCUUACGGGAAAAGGUCCAGCUUUUGGUGCAGAUGGCUUGGCCCCGCCAUCCCCACGAGUUGUUGAAUCUGCCCAGCUUUGUGAGUCCUGGUGCCAAACCAGUGCUUUACACCAAAGUACCACCACUACAGAAGCUGCUGGCCAAAAUGGGCGAUGCGGCUAGUGACCCGGCUGUGCAAGCCAUCAGGCGUUUCAUCGAGAGUCGUGACCAGAACGGCCCUUCACAGGCGGUCCUGCCUGAUAUGCGUCUAUUCGUCGACUUUCUCCGACGCUCGACUCAAACACUAUCGAAAGAGACCUUUUUCGCCGUGACAGACCUCCUGAGGUGCGCCCUGAUCGACCCUCGAGUAAGCGGCCAUUUCGCAGAAGAGCACGACCAUCAGACGCUCAACAGCAUCAUCGGGCUGGUCAAUACCAGUACAGACGCCCCUUAUGCCCUCCGACUCAUGACUUUACAAGCAGCCUGCAACCUUUUCUCUACACAGCUUUAUGCGGAUCAGAUUCUUCAAAAUGAGCUCAUCAGAGAGCCCGUCGUGCAACUCAUCUCAUCGAGCUUUCUCGACGACAACCAUAACAACGUGAGAGUCGCCGCAUCUUCUCUCAUGUAUAAUGUGGCCCUGGCGAGCAGCAACGCGAAGAAGACGAAAUCAGGCGACGGCUUGCCGGAGGCUGAACAAGUUGAGCUUGCCGCUUCUGUCCUCGAAGCCAUCGGGCAGGAAGAGGCAUCGCCAGAGGCUCUCCAAGGAAUGUUGCUCGCGCUUGGUCACUUGGUCUAUUGCACGGCGAUUGACGGAGAGCUGGCCGACUUGCUGCGCACCAUGGAUGCUGAAGCCACUGUGCUUGGAAAGAAGAAGCUGUUUCCCAAGGAGAAGCUCGUGGUCGAGGUUGGAUCGGAGUUGUUGGGCAAGGGAUUAAAGCGGACGUAGAUGGAAACAAGGCGUUUCGUUUGCAAGUCUAGAUUUAGUUUUGUUAGGAUGGGAUGGACGACAUUAUGAUAGACAUGUAGGAUAGGUACAUGGAGUGAAUUUAAGAGCAGGAUGGAUUGAGGGUUUGC